AUGGUGACUCUGACUCCUGUCUCAACUGUGUCCUAUGAAGCCAAGAUUGCAUUUCUGUUCCUUUCAGUCCUGGAGUUUGCCAUGGGGAUCCUGGGCAAUGUAUUCAUUUUCGUGGUGAACUUUAGGGAUGUGGUAAAGAGGCAGCCAUUGAGCAACUGUGACCUUGUGCUGCUGUGUCUCAGCAUCUCCCGACUUUUUCUGCAUGGGCUGCUGUUUCUGGGAGCCAUCCAGCUUACUUUCUUCCAGCAGAUGAAAGACCCACUGAAUCACAACUACCAAACCGUCAUUAUGCUGUGGAUGAUUGCACACCAGGUCAACCUCUGGCUCACCGCCUGCCUCAGUCUCCUGUACUGCUCCAAGAUUGUCCGUUUCUCCAACACCUUCUUGCUCUGCUGCACAGGCUGGAUCUCUAGGAAGAUCCCCCAGGUGCUCCUGUGUGCUGUUAUUUUCUCCUGCAGCUGCACUGCCCUCUGUUUAUGGGACUUUUUUAGCAGAUCUCAUUUCACAGUCACAGCUGUGUUAUCCAUGAACAAUACGGAACUCAAUUUGCCAAUUGCCAAACUGAAUUUCUUUUAUUCAUUUCUCUUCUGCAAUGUGGGGUCUAUCCCCGCUUUCCUAUGUUUUCUAGUUUCUUCAGGGUUGCUGGUUAUCUCCCUGGGAAGUCAUAUGAGAACAAUGAAAGCCCGAACCAGAGGCUCUCAUGACUCCAGCCAGGAGGCCCACAUCAAAGCCCUCAUGCACUUGGUCUCUUUUCUCUGUUUCUACAUGGUGUCGUUCUGUGCUGCUUUCUUCUCGGUGCCCUUACUGAUGCUGUGGCACAGCAAGGUUGGGGUGAUGGUCUGUGUGGGCACGAUGGCAGCUUGCCCCUCUGGACAUGCAGUCAUCCUGAUCUCAGGCAAUGCCAAGUUGAGGUGCGCCAUGAGGACCGUUCUACUCUGGGUUCAGAGAUGCCUAAAGGUAAGGACAGACCAGAAGACAGAGCCCAGGACAUUUUGCUGA